AUGAGGUUGUUUCCGCGCGCCCUUGGCAGCGCGGCCCGAUUCUCCUGGCGGGAGAACUUUCCCCUGGGCGGCCGUGAUGUGGCUCGUUGGUUCCCGGGUCACAUGGCCAAGGGGCUGAAGAGGAUGCAGAGUAGCCUCAAGCUGGUGGACUGCAUCAUCGAGGUCCAUGACGCCCGGAUCCCACUUUCGGGCCGCAACCCUCUGUUCCAGGAGACCCUGGGCCUCAAGCCACAUCUGCUUGUCCUCAACAAGAUGGACUUGGCCGAUCUCCGGGAGCAGCAGAAAAUUCGGCAGCACUUAGAAGGAGAAGGCUUGAAAAAUGUCAUUUUUACCAACUGUGUGAAGGAUGAAAACGUCGGGCAGAUCAUCCCGAUGGUCACAGAGUUGAUUGGGAGCAGCUGCCGCUAUCACCGAGGAGAGAACCUGGAGUACUGCGUGAUGGUGAUUGGGAUCCCCAACGUGGGCAAGUCCUCCCUCAUCAACUCCAUCAGGAGGCUGCAUCUCAGGAAAGGAAAAGCCACCAGGGUGGGCGGCCAUCCUGGGAUCACCAGAGCUGUGAUGUCCAGAAUUCAGGUGUGUGAGCGACCCCUGGUGUUCCUGCUGGAUACUCCUGGGGUGCUGGCCCCUCGGAUUGAGAAUGUGGAGACAGGCCUGAAGCUGGCUGUAUGUGGAACCGUGUUGGACCACUUGGUGGGUGAGGAGACCAUGGCUGACUAUCUCCUGUACACUUUCAACAAGCACCAGCUCUUCAGGUAUGUGCAGCACUAUGGCCUGGGCAACGCCUGUGAUGAUCUGGAGACCGUGCUGAAGAGGGUGGCUGUGAAACUAGGCAGGACCCAGAAGGUGAAGGUGCUCACGGGCACCGGGGAUGUGAAUGUUGUGCAGCCCAACUACACUGCAGCAGCCAGCGACUUCCUGCGGGCCUUCCGCGGUGGGCUGCUGGGCCCUGUGAUGCUGGACCAAGACAUCCUGUGUCCUGUGGUGUCCAGGUGCCCUGGAACAGGAGCAGCUCAUCUGGUGCUGGGACCCACUCUGGGCGCUGGGGCCCAUGUAUCUGACGAGCUCCUGGCCUUGAUGACCAGGCUGGCCCCGCGCCUGUGCCCCCACACCACUCUGCUGGCCUAG